AUGCCUAAAGAACGCCAGACAUGCACCGAGUGCUCUAUGCGCCGGCAGAAAUGUGACCGCAACAUUCCCUGUGGCCGCUGCGUCAAGAGGGGCGACGCUGCAAAAUGCACACGCGAGUGGCCCGAGGGCGGUUACGAUCCCAAAGUCCACCGAAUCUAUCCUCGAUCAUCUGCUGCGGGAGACGCCAGUCCCACCGCUACCGAUACCUCUCCCCAGACCAACAACACCAACCCACCAGAUGCUGUAGUGCACCCUUCUCUCCGAACUCCCAAAUCCGUCACUUCUGGACCGAGUCCGCGCGACCAACCCCCAAUUUAUCCAAGCAACCUUGGACCCGCGCCAACCAAUGGCCCAGUUACCGACGUCGACAAUGCCGCCUCGGUGCUAGAGUUCCUCACCUGGGGCCGGAGCAAGCUAUCGGAUUAUGAUCUAAAGGCGUUGGACCUCCUCAAAGAACCCCACCAGUCUGGCACAGCCGCACUUCCCAAGGACACCGGGCCAGACUGGGAUGUCUCGAAUGGCCUUGGUGGGACCGGUGCCGCCCAAGUUUCGUUUCUGCAACUGCUCCUCCCGAGCCGUAAACAGGUAUUCCAGCUGGUGGAGUACCAUGUCAGCUCGAUUCUAUGGUAUCAUGGGUGUUUCCAUGGUCCGACAUUUUACGAAGAGCUCAAAGAGGUCUAUAAAGGCCCCAGCGGACUGCAAGUCAGAAAUAUGGAUCUCAGAUGGACCGCAUUACUCUUUGCCGUAAUGGCAGCAAGCAUGACUUGUGCCAGUGAGCAGCUGGCUUUGAGCUGGGGUUUCAAGAAGAACGAAAGAGCUAAGCUGACUAGGCAAUGGUACAAGGCAACGGUAACCUGUCUCAAUCUUGCAGACUACAUGUGGCGACAUCACGUCUACUCUGUUGAAGCCAUCACCACGCUUACCAUGUCCGCUCAUAUCCUAGGGUUCAGCAACACCCAGAGCACCUUGUUGGGGGCAGCCGUCAAGAUCGCCCAAGGCCUUGGUUUGCAACGACUGGGCCCAGAAGAUGACGCGAACAACGGUGCUGGCGUUUCCAAUCUAUCAACUCCUGCCUUUCGGGAGAAGAUAAUCAAACGUGAAACAGGAAGAAGACUCUGGCAACAAUUGUGCAUCCAAGAUUGGUUCUCAAUCCCUUUCUCGGAAAUGUAUUCCAUCCAGCGGAUGCAUUUCUCUUCGCUCAAACCUAUGAAUUGCGAUGACACCACAAUGCUCCCUCUCCCCGACGAUGUCCCAAGCAUGACAAGUUUCCCCAAUUUUCUCGGGGACAUCGCAAGCUUGAUGCCGCAGAUACAUGACGCCAUCAUCUCGUCGAACACGUUAUACACAAAGUACGAACAAGUGCUGGACUACGACGCACAAAUGCGGGCCCUUGCGACAGACGGACUCCCUCGGUACUUCUCCAUGAGAGAACCACUGCAACCGGAAUGGCCUGCAUUCAUCCCCUGGGCGCGACGUAGCUUAACAAUUUGUUUUGCCCACAAGAUCAUCAUGAUUCACCGUGCGUUUCUGGGACGCAGCUUCACGGAGCAAGCUUUCGACUUUACUCGUCGAACAUGCAUGGCAGCUGCGAAGACAAUAUUGAAAGAGGCAAGACAGGCAUAUGACGAGGAGGGACCCAUGCUUUGGAUCGAUCAAGCUUUCAUGGUUGCCGCGGGAAUCACACUCGCCCUGGACAUCUUCCACCGGAGAACCAACGAACCUGAAUACGAGGAACACCGGAAGUUGGUAGAGAAUACCAUCACAAUGCUGGGCAAAUUCGAAAACAGCAUGAUUGCAAUGCGUGGUAUUCGGUUACUGUCAUCCUUGCUUGCUGAGCAGGCCCGGUUGACGGCCGACCAAACCCUGGAAAACUAUCGCAAGCGCACACAUGACACUAUGAGCGGAGAUCGCGGUCAACCCAAGCGACAGAAGUUCAACGUGCCAAAGUUUGUGGAAUCGUUUGUCGGAAACGACUCGUUUACAAAUUCGCUGCGAUCUGCAAAUCGAGGCGCUGAGCCCUCGCUAGAACUGUAUGAGCCGACCGAAUCGAAAACGCCCGGAGCACAGGAGCCCAUCAUCACAUCCGACUUGGGGUACGAGACGUUUGAACAGCUGUUCCCCCCUCAUACCGGCAUCAGUAACAAUUUUCUAUUUGAGGAUCUGCUGAAUUUCGACAUAUGA